UUCCACUGACAGGUUAUGACCUCCUUCCAUUACACAUCAUCUUUAUCUUCCUGAACAUUGUGAUGUGGAUCUCCCUGUACCAUGCUAACUCUAUAGACCCGGGCUUCUUACCCAGGAACAUUCCAGAGUAUGACAUGGCCAUUAAACAGGUGGCUCACUUUGCUGAGUGGAAGCAUGGAAAGAACCCUCUAAGUCGUCUAUGUCACACAUGUCGUACAGUUAAACCACUUCGCUCCAAACACUGUAGGAUAUGUCAGCGUUGUGUGAGUGAGUUUGACCACCAUUGUCCAUACAUCUACAACUGUGUGGGCUAUAAUAACAGGGUUUGGUUUACCAUGUUUGUCUGCCUGGUGUUUGUGAACUGUGUUAUCACCCUGUAUUUCUGUUACUGGAUACUGGAAGCCAAUGGGUGGGAUGAUUACAUUACCAUUAUUGGGGGUCUGGAGGCCACUCUGUUCACUUUUCUGGCAGCUGUCCUCAGCAGUGUCUCGCUAUUUCACGCUACAAAGAACAUUACCACAAAUGAGCGAAUUAAUCACAAGAGAUACGACUACAUGAAGGAUGGAAAGGGAAAUUUCUACAAUCCCUUUGAUCGUGGUGUAUGGCAUAAUAUUAAGGAGUUCUUACACCUGAGAAAACCACUGGGGGAGGAGGAAGUCCAGUUACUUAAUGUGGUGUGAUUGUCCAUUCAUUGUCCAGGUGUGGAGAAGUUAUGAUGUACCAGGCAGAGCAUAAACAGAUGACUUUUGUCCAGGUGUGUUGAGGACUUGGGAUAAACAGUAUGCCAGUCAUAUACAGUUGUCAAUAGUGGUAAGGACAUAUCAGUCAGAGCAUUCUGGAGGUGAACAAAGCAAGAAAGCCAAAUUACCCGACCUCUUUGUAACAUCUUGGAUGAUAACACUGAACUUUUGUGUAUGGAGGUUGAAAGGAAAAAAAUAUUCAACAUAUACAGAGUUGAAGAAGUGUAUGGAAUGGAUUUUAUUGGAAAAUUGAUAAUGUUUUGAUUUUGAUAUCAACAUUUUCUUUGUGCAAACUGUCAGGCCAGGUGUAUUUCAGUAUUGUUAUAAUCAUAUGCCUGCUAAAUAAGGUUUAAAGCAUAUUUUGCUAGUCAUGUUAAACUAAGGUAGCUGUUCUUUCCAGUCUGAACUGCAGAUGAUGGAACUUAUUGAGCAGUAGUUUUUGUUUGUUGGAAAAUUUUUACUUUAUUAUUUUUUUUUUGAAUAUUAACUGACCUAGAGCUGCUUUGGGUUAUCAUGUAUUUUUGUAUUAAGCUAUUUAAAAGUAUUUUUUCCACCAACUUUUGAAAGAGUAACUCCCUCCCCCCCUUGUGAACAGGAAAAUGUGCAAUAAAUAAUUAAAAGCACAUCUCAUUAAGUUUAUAGUAUAGUAUAGGUAAACCCAUAUCUCCUCAUGUAUACUUACCUAGUUAAGGUUUUGAUAGACCACUGACCAACAUAGAGAGUAAAGACAUUGGUGAGUGAAAGCCCCUUAAAAAUGAGAAAGAGAGAGAUCUUAGUAUUGUACAAAUUUAGUCCCUCUUCCAAGAAUUAUUGAUCUUCUGUGAACAUAUGCCUUAUAAGAAAAUACAACAGAAAUGAGAUGUAAUUUAGAAAUGUGUAAUUUUAAUAA